GCAAGCUGCAGGUGGCGUCUGGCGGCAAGAAGCAGCUGAAAUACUUCACGGUGAAUGAGGAGAACGGGAACCUGUACGUGAACGAGAGGCUGGACCGGGAGGAGAUGUGCGGCGAGUCGGCGACCUGCUCCGUCAGCUUCGAGGCGCUGGUGCACAACCCGCUGAACGUUUUCCACGUCCAGGUAGAUAUUCAGGACGUGAAUGACAAUGCGCCCGGAUUUCAGAGAGACAAAUUUCAGCUGGAGAUCAACGAGUUGACUUCUCCCGGUGCCCGUUUUGCCGUGGGCAAGGCUGACGACGCGGACGUGGGCAGUAACUCGCUGCAGGGCUACGAGCUGGAGACCAACAAAUAUUUUGCGGUGGAGGUGAAGGACAGCCAGGACGGCAGCAAGUUCGCAGAACUGGUGCUGCGCCACUCACUGGACCGAGAGAAGGAGCCGAGCCUCCAACUGGUGCUGACGGCUCUGGAUGGCGGAGAUCCGCCCCGGACUGGCACCGCCCAGCUGUGGAUCAACGUCACGGACGCCAAUGACAACCCACCCGUGUUCGCGCAGGACCGGUACCGCACCAGCAUCCGCGAGGACACGCCUCCAGGAAUGGUUAUAUUGAAUGUCUCAGCCUCCGAUGCCGAUGCCGGCACUAACGCCCACAUCACCUACGGGUUCGGGGAAACGCCGGCCAAGGUACUCCAGAAAUUCUUUAUAGAAGCCGAGACUGGGGCGAUCACGCUAAAAGAGACACUGGAUUUCGAGGAGACGCGAGGAUACACAUUGUUGGUGGAGGCAAGAGACGGAGGUGGUCUGGUGUCGCACUGCAAGGUGGAGGUGGAAGUGCUGGAUGUUAACGACAAUCCACCUGAGAUCACGCUGCUGUCGGUGUCGAACCCAGUGCCCGAGGAUUCGCCGGUUGGCACCGUGGUGGCUCUCCUGAACGUGCACGACCCAGACUC